AUGCCCACCGCGAUUCCCGUUACCCCACAAACAAUGAACUACGCAUCGGUCGUGUUUGCAGGUUUCACAGCCAUUUCAGCCGUCUGGUAUGUCGUCUGGGGUCGCAAGCACUACCGCGGCCCACAAGUAUCUGCCGCGGACUUUUUGGGAGACGCGGUACCAGUGGCUACCGCCGGCCACCCAGGCACAAAAGAAAUCAUCCGAAACGAGGAGCGAUCCUCGAACGAAAAGGUGGACAAGGAAAAGGGCGUUUCCGAGUCAUGGGCCAAGGCCCCGCGUGUAGUGGGGCCUGUUCUGCUCGACCAUGAGCUCUGGACCAUCCGACCCUUCAGGUUCUGCCAAUCCUCCCAGGCCACCCACCACCACCACCCUCUCGACCUGAUUCGAACAUCCAACGAGACAAUUCACAACACUUCCGGCCAGGAAGCUCGGAGAUCUACCGCAGCUGGAACGCACGGACUCUCCCCGAUCGCGCUAACACUGCCAAAAUCGACGAGCGAUGCUGGUUCUACUGUACACAGAGCGUCCAAGACAGAUUCCGCUCCAAACGGCCGGUAUGCUACACCCUGUGCUGGCGCCGGGCGUUCCCGCACGAGAGUCACCAGGUCGCGAAAACGCCCCAGGCGAUGA